GUUCAUUCGGCUUGUCACACGUUUGAACAAAUUUAGGCACAACUGUCAUAACAAUCGCACCCAAAAAACAAAUCCAAACACGAACCUCGGAAAAAUUCGAAAUAAAAACCGCCGACUGCGGAAACAAUGAUUGGAAAACUAUCUGCUUGGUACCGCGACAAUGUUUCCGAAUCCGUCGACUGCGUUGCAUGUCGACUAAUAAGCGGGUUUGGCAUGAUCGGUAUUGGAGCUUUUCUCCUCGCACAAGCAAAGCGCCGCCGCUCACCUGUGGAAAAUUACGCCAUGAAAAGCAUUGCGGCAGUUGCUGGAGUUUUGGGCGUGGCCCGCUUGGCAGAUGCAGAUUUCCUAAAGGCGAAGACGGAGCCUACAAAGGAACUUAAAAAGAUAACAGGAGAUCAUCCAUUUUUUAAGCGCUGAUGUACAUUAAUUAUAAACGUAUUAGUUAAAUUUAA